GGUGUGGGCACUGAGGCGGUGGGCGGUGCUUGGUACAGGUGCAGAAGGCGAGAAGGCGAGCGCUCCCCCACUGGGACAUCAGCAGCUGGGAGACGCCCAGCUUCCCGAACCCUCAUCAUGCUGAGUGCCGUGCGGCUGCACACAAGUCUGCGUGUGUUCACAAGCUGUACCACGCCUGCUCACAGAGGCCUCAUGGGGAAAUGGAAGACACACUUGAGCCACAUUUUUAUUUGCAUCCUUAUAACAAUGGCUGUCUUCCUGAUCUGUUUUUCCUCUAACUGGAAUUGGGCGUGGUGGAAUACCCUGGACCACAAUGCGGGGCCCAAGGAGCACAAUAGGUCCAGUCCAGGCCAACAAGCUCCAAGAACACCAUGGAAAGAUUCUUGGCUAUACUAUGUGGCCUACCCUGGAGACUACAAGUUUGUCAUGGAUGACACAGAUGUAUGUAAAGUUGAGGCCCCUUUCCUUGUUCUGAUGGUUCCAGUGGCACCAGCUGACGUGGCAGCUCGGGAUGCCAUCCGGAAAACAUGGGGCAACGAGACCCUGGUUCAAGGUAAGCUUGUCCAGACUCUGUUCUUGUUGGGCGUCCCUGGAGGAGCUGAUGCUCAGCAGCAGCAGCAGAAUCUAAAACAGGAGAACCUACUGCACCAUGACCUGAUCCAGAGUAACUUUCAAGAUAGCUACCGCAAUCUGACCAUCAAGACUAUGGUGAUGCUGGAGUGGCUGACUGCACAUUGUCUCAGUGCCUCCUAUGUAAUGAAGAUUGACUCAGACAUGCUUCUCAAUGUCCAGAAUUUGGUUAAUCUGCUGCUGGAUCCCAACACACCCAAACAGAACUACAUGACAGGCUUGGUGUGGUGGCACAGCCCCGUUCUAAGAAACCCUGAAGAUAAAUUCUACAUGCCGAAAGAGGUGUUCGACAAGCCUGAGUACCCUCCAUAUCCUCUGGGCAUGAGUUACGUGAUGUCUCGAGACCUCCCUGGGAAGAUCCUGGGGGUGUCUCCUCAGAUUAAGCCCAUAUUUAUUGAAGAUGCCUACCUAGGAAUGUGCCUGAAACACUUGGGCAUCUCCCCUACUGACCCCCCUGAAAAGUCGAUGUUCAUUGUCAACCCUAAGCACUCCCUGAACCGCUGCAGCCUGUCCAAAGUGAUUGCUGUGACCACAGAAAACAUUCCACAGAUGAUGAGUUACUGGGAGAUGAUCAGGGAGCCUGGAGCAGCUUGCUGAACAUGUCAAAGAAAAACUCCUUUCUGUCGCUGAUGCUGUGGCCCAGAGUAACUUAGUGUGAGUGAGCAGGAGACUAAUAAGUCACUGGGACACAUGAAUGAAGAUGGACAAACUCUGUGUUAUAACAAUAGUUGGACACUUGUCAACAAACCAUGAGGCACACUGCUUCUCCAUAGACAGCCCCAUUGUUAAACUAAUAAGUUUGCAAAGUAUUUCCUGAAAGGUGUUAAUUAGAUACAUGGUUACAAACACUUUGCUAAAUUAAGUCAACAUGCUCUCUAAGUAUUAGGAGUUUCUUUUAUCAGUUUUAAACAUCAGCAAUUGAUAAAAGACUGAAAAGUUAGAGGUGUUGGUUGGAUCUACAUAAGCAUGUAGCAAACAAGCAAUUUGCCACAAUUGUCAGAGAUCUGCAUAAGUAUUUACACUUUAGCAAUUAGACUAUUAUGGGACUCUCCACUGAAAUCCAGACCACUGAAAUUCUUUUAGGGUUAGCAGCUCUUUAUGGCAUGGUAAUCCACACCAGUUAUUCAGUGGCAGAAGAAAGUGGGAUGCAUUCGUGUCUGUAAAUGAUGAAAUAACUUAAAUAACCAGACAAUUAAAUGACUAAAU